AAUAAACAUACAUACUCACACACAAAAGAAUUAAAUCUCUCUAAAUGGCAUUUAUCAUUGCUUUUCAAAUUUAUAUAUAGAAAAGAAAAAAUAAAAAGAAAUCAACAAAACCGCAUAGUUGCAAAUUAAUAAAAUUUUACAUCAAUUUAAUCGUUAAAAUUUCGUUUUAGUAUUGUCUGUCUGCGUGUGUCAGAUUUCUUAAACGUGUUGGCACAAUGUUUUCGAACGGGCUUCCUUGUAACUUACCUUUUCCCAGUUGUCUUGGCAUCUCAAAAGACAGUGGAAACGAUGAAUUAUUACCUUCAAAUACCGGCAAUCGGGAACCCGUUAUACUAAAUGUAUAUGAUAUGUAUUGGAUUAAUGAGUACACUACUUCAAUUGGUUUGGGUGUAUUUCAUUCGGGAGUUGAAAUAUUUGGCACAGAAUUCGCGUAUGGCGGUCACCCAUUUCCAUUUACCGGCGUAUUCGAGAUAACACCGCGCGACCAUGAUGAACUUGGUGAACAAUUUCAUUUUCGUCAAAGUAUACAAAUUGGCUGUACAGAUUUUACGUAUCAAGAGGUCAGACGAAUCGUCGAAGAGUUGGGCAAUCAAUUUCGUGGCGAUCGUUAUCAUUUAAUGAAUAAUAAUUGUAAUCAUUUCUCCAGUGCACUUACACAGAUCCUUUGUGGCCAAGAAAUUCCUAGUUGGGUUAAUCGUUUAGCACAUUUUAGUUCUUGUGUGCCAUUUUUACAAAGAUGUUUGCCAAAGGAGUGGCUGACUCCAAAUGCCUUACAACAAAGUAUCACUGCUAUACAGGAACGUGAUGAAUCUGAUAACAGUCCCCUUUGAAACGCGGCAUGAUUCCGUCAAAAGCCAUUCAAAUAGACACCAAUUAAUAUAGAAAUCCUUCCCCUUUUUAUUUUUUAUUUAAAUAUUAUGAUUGUCGAUGUACUAUAUAUUAUAUAGUUUUAGGUUUUUUUUAAAAUUCACCACGACUUUAGUUAAAAAAAUUUAAUGAAAACAACACAUAUUCAGUUAACACAAAACGAUAAGGAAAAAAAAAAAAAAGAAAAGAAAAACACUUGUGUUAAUGAAAAGAUGCAAAAUAUUUUAAUAAAAU